UUCCUCCGGACAUUGUGGUGGUGGUGUCCAGCUGACUUCCCAGUUGCUGUCGUGUGACCGAGACCGAGACGGAGACGGUGCCAGGGGUUAUAGAUAGGCCCGCAAGUUGGGAUUGGCGCUUCAGUUGGCUCUGGACUGUGAUUUGAUCAACAUGAACGAAACGACGGACUAUUGGGAUCUUACGAGAACUAAUGGGCUGAACUGUACACCACCUGCGAUAGAGGACUUCCCGCCAGAUCUGUUCACGGUGGAGCAGAGACAGAACGGGGCCGUAGUGUUACACGCAAUCGCUAGUUUAUAUUUAUUUGUAGCUUUGGCUGUAGUUUGUGAUAAGUAUUUUGUACCUGCCGUCGAAAAAAUAUGCCACGCGCUGAACAUGUCCAACGACGUCGCAGGAGCGACCUUCAUGGCGGCGGCCACGUCAGCGCCCGAGCUGUUUGUGAACGUGAUCGGAACGUUCAUUACGGAGGGCGACAUCGGCGUCGGCACCAUCGUGGGCUCCGCCGUCUUCAACAUCCUGGCGGUGGCCGCCUGCUGUGGAAUCGGUGCCGGAAUGGUAGUUCCCCUCGAUUGGUGGCCCCUGACGAGGGAUUGCCUGGCGUACGGCAUUACGGUGGCCAUCCUCAUCUGUAUCAUCCACGACGAACGGGUCGAGUGGUACGAGGCGUUGAUUCUGGUGCUGCUCUACAUCGUGUACAUCGCCGUCAUGUACUACGACAAGUCGUUCCAAAAGUGUGCCAGAGGUGGACUGAAGCACGCGAGAAAUCGCAGAUCACACGAUGCGGCGUCCAGUAGUAGUAAAUCGGUGUCCAGUAGAGAGCAAGAAGCGGCCGAGGCCCACCUCCCGUUACGUAUCAGCCACUUCCAGCAGAACGGCAACUUGAAGAACGUUACCCACAUCGACGCGAGCAACAAUGAAUUGACGUCAUCGGAUCUGGAGAUGCAAAUUAAGGCGAUCAGUGCGAGCGGAGGAGGUGCUGGUGGUGGGGGCGGAGUGGCACUGGCAGCGGCGACCGCCGUCGCACUCAAAGAUCAACAGCAGCACCCGGUCAAGCGUCACAGCGCCGGUAGCGUCAACGGGACGACGCUGGAUGGUGAUCAACCUCCGCCGCCACCCAGCCCCACGACUCCUCCGCAGUCCACGGACAGCAGUGCCGAAUCGGUGCAGGUAAAACAGUCCUUAAACGGUGCAGAUCGGGGUCCAAAGGACGUCGAGAAUGGAACCGGAGCGCCGGACGGAAGUGACGAACACGUCCCGGAAGAGGACGCCGAAUCCGUCAAAGAUGAAGAGUUCCAGCUGUUCAAGUAUCCGUCGGGGCAGAGUGCGUUCCGGCAGUUUUCGUGGUUCAUCACGUGGCCGAUAUAUUUGCUGUUUUCGUUUACGAUUCCAAACUGCGAGAAGCCCCGGUUCAAGAACUGGUUCCCGCUGACGUUCAUCAUGUGCAUCGUGUGGAUCGGAUCGCUGUCGUACGUGGUCGCGUGGAUGAUUACAAUCAUUGGUGACACGCUCAAGAUACCGGACUCGGUGAUGGGCAUCACGUUUCUGGCGGCAGGCACCAGCGUGCCCGAGGCCGUCUCCAGCGUAAUCGUCGCAAAGCAGGGACACGGCUCGAUGGGCAUCAGCAACUCGAUCGGUUCGAACACGUUCGACAUCCUGCUCUGUUUGGGGCUGCCGUGGUUCAUCAAGGCGUCCUUCUCGCCGAUCAAACCGGGCCACCACUGGGUCGGGAUCAACUCGGCGGGGCUGGAGUAUUCGGCCAUUUCGCUGCUCUCAACGCUGCUGAUGCUGUACAUUGCUUUCUCGUUGAACAAGUUCAAGCUGGACCGGCGGGUUGGCAAUGCGUGCCUCAUCAUGUACGCCGUGUUUCUCAUCCUGGCCAGCCUGAUCGAGCUGAACGUCUUCUUCCGGGUGAAUCUGCCCACGUGCGGGCGGUGAGACGGUGGCCUCAGCUGAAGUGUAGUUUUGUUUGGACUUUGAACUGUUUUUUGGAAAGCCCCGGGUUGAUCUUCCUCAGUGGACGAGAGGCUUGCGGGUGUUGUUUGUUGUGUGCCGCGGAUUUUGAUGCAGCCUCCUCCCUCCCGGAAUCGGUUUUAUCACGUUCCGGUUGGUUGCAAUGCGAGGAAAAUGAUAAGAAAAUUAGCAGAAAAAAUGAAGAAGGAAAAAAAGUCAGCACGAAGAAACCGAAAAAAUUGGGCGGAGCCAACGCGGCAUCCGCAACGAUUUAACACGAUUUUAAUUGAUUUAUGAGACGAAGCUUGCGCAAACCAAAGAUUGUAUUUGACUUAAUCCCAGAUCGCAAAAGUCGAAAAAGAUAAUACAAAAAUAAGUGAAUUGUUUGAACGAUAGGAAAAAUAGUAUACCGGAAACCAAAAAAAAAAAGUUGUGUUAACAGUAAUCUCAAAAGAGAACAUUCCUACAAGCUAGGAAUGCCGUUACAGUGAGCAUCAAUUAGACAAAAGUGGACUGUGUUUAGGCCACUUGUUUUGCGCGCAGAGUUUUAAAAGUGCAGAAUUUUAAAAAGUGAAAGGCAAGGAGAAGAAAACAAGUGACAUGCAUUCUUUCCCUUUCCCGCUGUAAAUAAAUGUGUGUUUUCAAAUGAAUCUGUAUUAGCUGCUAGAGUAAUAAAUAGAAUUUCUGUAAUUA